GCCUAAACAAAAGUAGACAAGAAAGUGAGAAACCUGGUCAUGCAGAAGUUGCUUUAAAUUAGAAGAUAUGAGAAUAAACAAGUGUAAAGUGUAUAUUAUAUCAGCCCUGCUGUUAAACUUGUUUAUGAUAAUAUAUUUUGUUAUACUACAACAUAAAGACUUAAAAAUGAUUCCAGAUAAUAUUCAAAGGCUGACUAGGCAAGAACUAACAGUAAUCAUACGUGAACAUGAAGAAUUUGAAAAUAAUUUGGAAAAUACAAUUAACAAACUAUAUGCAUUGUCUGAUAGAAUGGAUAUUGUUGUCAUCAGUGAUAAAAUACCAUAUCCACCAAUAAAACAUACUCCAUCUGAUAGAAUUACGUUUAUUUCUCUUGAACCAACCAUAAAAAAAUCUAUACUAACAACAAGACCGGAAAGAUUUAUUAGGUCAGAUUUCAUGUUAUUUUUGCCUGAUUCUACGUCAAUGUCAAGCUGGUACGAUAUUCAACAGGCUAUAGAUUUAUUAAUCAAAUCUCCUAAAUUGUAUUCUGCCAUAGUCCUACCAGUUUCACCUUCCCAAGUAAAUUGUCAAAAACUGAAAUUUGAUGUCAAGAAAUGGACUGUGAUAUACACUGAUAGUGAAUCAAAAUGUGAUAUGGUAAUAGGUAAUCACGGAAUACUCACUAAAACAGAAAAUAUUUUAGAAUUUACUGAUCCUUUUAUCAGACCUCUGCAUCUUUCCUUCUAUAUACAAAAUUCUUUGAAUGAUUACCCUGUGCUUAUUUAUGAUAAAACUGUGCUUAGUUCUUUAAGGAUGUUAUUCAGUGAACCACAUAAUAGCUGGAAGCAUAAGAAACUUGAAGAUCAAAGACGACAAAAUCUGUUUAAAAAUCUUGGUAUUAAAUUAAUUAAGCAUUCAAAUGGUCACGAGGAAUGGUUUGGUUGUUCAAAACAUACAGCUAGAUGUUUCGACACAGUUGUUAAUGACAUGCCAGAAUAUUUAUAUUUAGGAAGAUGGACACCUCCAUGCUGUCAUAAAGCAUUAAAAGAAACUGUGCACCAUGUGUUUAAAAUCUUAUCGGACUGUGGAGCUAGAUUUUGGUUAGAAGGGGGAAGUUUACUUGGUGCCGCAAGAGAAGGGGAUAUUAUACCCUGGGAUUAUGAUGUUGAUAUUGGUAUAUACAAAGAUGACUUGUCAAAAUGUGAACAAUUUAAAAUAGAUGCUAAAAAUGCCAUAAUUGAUGAAGAUGGCUUUGUGUGGGAGAAAGCUGUUGAGGGUGAAUUUUAUCGUGUGCAGUAUAGUGAAUCAAACAGACUCCAUGUUGAUAUUUUCCCAUUUUAUUCUAAGAAUGGCACUAUGACUAAAAAUACAUGGAUGAAAACUCAUAGACAAGAUACCGAAUUUCCUGAAAGUUUUUUAAAACCUUUAACAAAAAUCCAAUUUGUAGGUUUAGAUGCUCCAGCUCCGAACAAUGUCAAAAAAUUCUUAGAAUAUAAAUUUGGUAAAGGUGUUAUUGAAAACCCUAAAUAUCCAAAUUCUCAAGAUCCACACAGCUAG